AUGAAAAAGAAACGUUAUAAUAACAGAGGAAAUGUUUUAACAUGGCAUGUGAAUAAUGACGAAGAAUGUAACGGUGGAGAGGCUUCAAGUGUGAUGCCAUCAGUAAAAAAGCACAAUAAUAGAGAAAAAAAGAAUACUUUUCCACUAAAUAAAAUACUCAUCCUUUCCGCAUUGCUGUGGACGUAUCAAUUUUUUAAUGAGGACUCGUUUGAACCAUGCGGUCACAAGAUAAAACCCAGAGAUGGUAGCAGUGACAUAUUUCAUUUUGGAACCAACAGAUCCCUGUUUGAAGAUAAGACUCCGUUCCAAACAUUCAAAGAUGAUUUAAUAAAAGACAACGUAACAAAAGAUAAUAUAAUAAAUGAAGACUUAGUGGAUAGUUCUGUAAUUAAUGACGGCAUAGUGAGUGAAAACUUAAAAAACAGUUUAACUGAUAAAACCAAUGAUGAUGUUAACAGAGAAAAAGAGGAAAUUAAAUCCAUUUUAUAUUCCUACAUGGAAAAAAUUGAUGCCAUGUAUGAAGAUAAAUUAUGUUAUAAAUUGUUUAGGAAAUGCAGAGAAGAAGAAAAUGAUGAAAAUCCUAUGAGUUUUUUUUAG